CGCAGGCUGGUGCCGCAGCCGCAGUAGCGGACCGACGAGCGUACGCGCAGCUCGCCACGAGUUUCGCGACGGCGUCGUGCGUGCUUUCAAAUACAACCUUCGUUCAGUGCGGUAUUUGUUGCUUACCUGCGCAAAGAGCAUACCAUUCUAUAAAAUGAAGUUCCACAUCAAAAUAUUUGAUUUCGUGCCAGCGCGAUUCAACAUCGCCCUAAUGAUGUUCUUCGCGUGCUGGGUCAACUACAUGAUGCGAGUCAACAUGAGCGUCAACAUCAUCGCCAUGGUGCCUGAUGACAGUAACUCUACAUCAGUGAAGUCAGAAUGCGAAGCCAUAGUGACGGACGACAGCGCGCUGCUGGAUAAUACGAGCUCAACAAUGAUCACCAAGCGGCUGCUCCGCCAGCCGGACGGCGUGAUAACAUUUGAUUGGACGACACAGCAACAGGCCUAUGUGUUAUCGGGCUACUUUUGGGGAUACGCCAUCACUUGUUUGGUGGGAGGAACGGCGGCAGAACUAUGGGGCCCCAGGAAAGUAGUGUUCCUCACAAUGCUACUCAGCGCCCUUCUGACUACGCUGACCCCUCAAGCUGCAAGACUGCACUAUCUAGUACUGGUUGCGAAUAGAUUCGUCAUGGGGCUAGCCGCAGGUUUCCUGUUUCCCGCCCUCCACGCCCUAGUGGCGCACUGGGCGCCCCCAGCUGAGAAGGGCAAGUUUGUGAGCGCGCUGCUGGGCGGCGCGAUCGGCACAGUAGUCACCUGGUCGCUCACUGGACCUCUCAUCGAAAACUUCGGCUGGGAUUACGCUUUUUACAUUCCAGGAGCCAUUGCUUUCGUUUGGUGUGUGGCGUGGUGGGCGCUAGUGUAUGACUCGCCCGUGCAGCACCCUCGCAUAUCCGACAAGGAAAAGAAGUACAUACUGGAAGCUAUCGGCGACAAAGUGCAGCAAAACUCACAUAAUAAGGUCGUACCCCCAUUCAAGAGCAUUCUCACCUCAUUCCCGUUCCUGGCGAUGGUGAUUCUUCACUACGGGAGCAACUGGGGCCUGUAUUUCGUGAUGACCGCUGCACCCAAGUUUGUGUCGAGCGCGCUGGGCUUUAACCUGACCUCCACUGGCACAUUGGCGUCGCUACCGUACCUCGCUAGAAUGAUCUUCUCUUUGGUCUUCGGAGCUAUUGGCGACAGAAUCGUGAAACAGAACGUGGUGUCCACAACGUUUAUGAGGAAGUUCUUCUGCCUGUUUUCCCAUGUGCUGCCAGGGCUCCUACUCAUAGGCCUUGGCUACACUGGCUGUGCGCCCGUCCUCUCAGUCGCACUCAUCACCUUCUCCAUGGGCUCGAACGGGGCAGCAACACUCACAAACCUGGUGAACCAUCAGGACUUGGCUCCGAAUUUCGCAGGGACGUUGUAUGGAAUUGCGAACGGAAUCGGAAACACAGCUGGAUUCGUGACUCCGCUCGUCACGGCGCAUUUCACUAAGAGCGGGAACGGCUUCUCGGAAUGGCGGCCGGUGUUCAUGACCGGCGCAUCGCUUUACAUCGCUUCGGCACUUUACUUCAUCUUGUUCGGGACGGGAGAAACGCAGGAAUGGAAUUAUGUGCCUGUAGUUGAAGAGGACGAGAGAGAUAAAAGGCCGAGCGCGAAUUCAACUGACACCACCGUUACGAUCCCUGUUAAAUCGUAGACUAUAGUUGAGAAUAAGUAGUGACUUUCUAAGUGAUGUUAUGCAUUAUUCGUAAUGAGAGCAUGUCUGUAAGUACAGAGCAGAUGAUGACAUAUACAUAUAUGCAAUUUUAUAGAAUUUGAGGAUACUCUAGGGAAUGGCAAAGGAGUAUUAGGUACGUAUUGUGUUACAUUGUGUACAACCGCCUCUGAGCUGCAUGUUAUAGAUUAAUUUACAAGAGCUUUCGCUGUAUGCCAACGAAAGUAGGUACUUAUUGAUACUUGUUAUAUUUCCUUUCAGCUCUUAUUUUAUUAUCAACUUGGGGACAUAAACAACUUGUCGUUUUUACCGGUUUGUCACGAUUAAUGUACAGCCACCACAAGGGAUUGUUAUGCCAUUUAGGGUUCUUGCUAAAUUGGCAGUUCUAUAGCGUAAGUACCUAUUGAACAAUCAAUUUAGCUAAAUAGGACCCUAAAUGGCGCAACAACCGCGGAGCGUGAUGGCACAUUUCGCCUAAGAUGGAUUAGAAAAAAAAAAUGUUGUGGUAAAAAAUACUUACAUCUCAGAUAAUUGUAACCAUAGGUACAUACCUACCGAAACGACUUGAUGAAUCUACUAUUGCGUUAAAAAUGUGACAUUUUCUCUGUCACAUUUUCCAUAAAUGGAUUCCAUUUAGUUGUAUUUGACUACUUUUAUACAGAAUUAUGGUUGUCAGGUCUCAUUAAAAACAGCUGCAAGCAACAGUCCGAGACUUCGAUUCUGAAAGAAUAUUGGAGAUAAUAAUUAUAGGGUUGAUUUAGAAUUUAUCAUUGUACUUAGCUUAGCUUCGUUUACAUGUUGAGAGUAUUUAUGGUAAUGCGUAAACAACUGGAUAGAAUAUUAAGUACUUACCUAAACCUUUAUUUUAUAAGAGAACUACACAUUCGACUUUAUUACUGGAGUUCAGAAAUAAAAAGCUAGACGAGUGUAUUGAAAAAAAAAAACAAUACUUAUAUGUGAUUAAAAUGUGUAAUUUAUUUCGCCGUCUUUAUUUAAUAAUUAAGUAUUUAUGACGAGCUGUUUGGUCUUAGUUAUAUUUUUGGUUAGUAUAAAUUAUAAUAAAAAAAUGUACAUUUAUAUUUAUUCAUAUUAAAAUGAAUUAAACACAAAAUUUUACUUAAAUCGAUAAAAAAGGGUCAAGCAUGGUACCUACAAAUGUUGUAAGCUGAAGUUUUAUGUUACGACUGUGGGAAUAUUUAUACGACUGUGAUGAAAUAAGCUUGCACGUAAAUGUAAAUUAUUUUUUAAAUAAAUAUUAUUGACU